CAGUUGCUCGAGGGCAUCCAGACGCCCUCGGUAAAAAGAGAGUUCCGGUUACGACGACCUACGUGUCUUCAGUCAGCCUUAAAAGUGGCAGACCAAUUAGAGCAAGUCGACGAGUCCAUGGGCCCCCUGGAAACAUGCUGCGUACUGAAUCGACACCGCCCCGCUAGACUCCAACCACCAGACCGAAGAAAUUGGAAUCGCGUCCCGUUUCGAGGGGAUUAUUCGCGACCUCCAGUGCAAUCGUACUUCCGGCGGCCCCGCCGACCAAUUCCGAAUCGUGGUCUACCUCGCUACAAUAACGGACGCCCAGGUGAGUGGCACCGAUUGCAUUCACACUCUAUACCAACCAUUGUUUGUGCGUCGACCACAGAUUCAGCGUUAGCAAUAGAAUUACAGAUCGCAGGGGUUCCAUUGAUAGGUCUCAUCGACACAGGUGCAUGUAAGAGCCUAAUCAGAUCUAGUUUGACUAAUCAGCUAGCAGAACAUGUAUACGCGCCUUGUCGCUGUCGACUAACUGCCGCCAAUGGAG